AUGUUCGAUACACAAAUCUUGAUAUUGACAAUUGCUUUCAUACUACCACAAAGCACCAUUUGUGUGACGGAUAAUUGCCGUUACAAUGAGAAUAGUCCAUGGAUGUCUGAAACAACGUGGCAAAAUGGUACUGCCAAGGAUGAAGAGAUGAAGUAUUUUACUCGUAGUGAUUCCAAGUCGUUUAUUACAACAAACUGGGGUCUAAAAAUUAACGAUAGCGAUUCGUUAAAAGCGGGAGAACGAGGACCAACUUUGUUGGAAGAUUUAGAACUUCGUGAAAAAAUAACUCAUUUUGAUCAUGAGAGAAUCCCUGAACGUGUUGUUCAUGCUCGUGGCUCCGGAGCCCAUGGUUAUUUUCAAUCAUAUGGUGAUUGGUCAAAUUUGACACGUGCUAAAUUUUUAAGUGAUCCAUCAAUUAAAACACCUGUAUUCGUUCGAUUUUCAACUGUUGCCGGUCCACGUGGUAGCUCCGAUACCGUAAGAGAUGUUCGAGGAUUUGCCACCAAAUUUUAUACCGAAGAAGGUAACUUCGAUCUCGUUGGCAAUAAUAUACCAAUCUUCUUUAUUCAAGAUGCUAUUAAAUUCCCGGAUUUAAUUCAUGCUGUUAAAGCUGAACCCGAUCGAUCAUUUCCGAGUGCUGCAUCAGCUCAUGAUACGUUUUAUGAUUUUGUUUCAUUAUCACCUGAAACAAUUCACAUGGUUUUAUGGGUUUUAUCUGAUCAUGGUAUACCUCGAAGUUAUCGCAUGAUGCAAGGAUUCGGUGUUCACACGUUUCGUUUUAUUGCCGAAAACAAUGAUUGGGUAUUCGUAAAAUUUCAUUGGAAACCAAAAUAUGGAUUGGGAAGCCUUGCAUGGGAUGAAGCACAAAAAAUUAGUGGAAAAGAUCCAGAUUUCCAUCGUCGUGAUUUAUGGGAAGCAAUUGAAAAUGGUGACUAUCCCGAAUGGGAAUUUGGAGUUCAAAUUAUUAAACCAAAUAUGGAAUUUAAAUUCGAUUUUGAUUUACUUGAUCCAACAAAAUUUAUUCCUGAAGAACUUGUUCCGGUAAUUCCACUAGGUAAAAUGGUUUUAAAUAGAAAUCCAGAUAAUUUUUUUGCCGAGACUGAACAAUCUGUGUUCCACAUCGGUCACGUUGUUCCUGGUAUUGGCUUUACAAAUGAUCCACUAUUACAGGGAAGAUUGUUCAGUUAUUUGGAUACACAAAUUAAUCGUCAUCAUAGUGCUAAUUUUCAAAAUAUUCCCAUUAAUCGACCAGUCGUGCCUAUUCAUAAUAAUCAACGUGAUGGAUUUAUGCAAACUGUCGUUAAUAAGGGAAGGGUCGCUUAUUAUCCGAACUCACUACAAGAUGGUAGUCCUCGUCUAACACCACCCAGUCAUGGUGGAUAUAAGACGUAUGGUGAACAAACGGGUGGUCGAGCUUUUCGCGGAAAAUCACCAUCAUUUUUCAAUUUCUAUUCUCAAGCUCAACUAUUUUACAAUAGUUUAACUCAAAUUGAAAAACAACAUUUAAUUAAUGCUUUACGUUUUGAACUUGGAUUAGUAGAAACUAUGUCGAUACGAACAAGAAUGAUCUAUCAUUUUAAUUAUGUUGAUCAUGACUUUGCAUCUCAGAUUGCUCGUAUUAUUGAUGUUCCGGUGCCUACAGCAAUUUAUGCGAAUCUAAACAAUUCAUCACCUGCUGUUAGUAUAGAACAAUAUUCUCGAAAUACAAUUAGAACACGCCGUGUGUUAAUAUACAUUGCAGAUGGUAUUGAAGUUUCUACUCUGAAUAUUGUUGUCAGAAUUUUGAAAUCUAUGGGAGCGUAUUUGAUUUUUGUUGCUCCACAGCAAGGACGCAUACGAGAGACAAAUUAUAUAGCUAGCCAAACAUUCGCUACGACGGAUUCUGUGUUAAAUGAUGCAAUUCUUGUCGCCGGAGGACAAAGCGCUAUUAAGUACUUGUUAUACGAUUAUCCUCAAUAUCAAAGUGGUCAACCCAUUCAAUUUUUACGUGAAGCUUAUCGACACGGUAAACCGAUUGCUUGUAUUGGCGAAGGAAUUGAACUGUUGGAUCGUGCGGGAAUUAUCGCUGGUAAUGGGGUUUAUGUCUUAAAGAAAGAUGGAGAUGCGAAAACUUUUGCGCAAGAUUUUGCUGAAGCACUUCUUCGUGGCCGUUUCUGGUACCGAGAUGUAUUAGACAAAAUCUAA